GAAAUACGAAAUAUCAAUUUGGAAAAAUCCAUAAGUACUAUAAGCAAGCUACACGGUAAUCCAGGUUUCCGUCUUUCCGAUAAUCAGGAGUACAUACCAAGUGAUGUAUGUAGAGAUUACCAGACGCAUAACAUUGAUUAUUGAUCCACAAGGCUCCUAUCUUCGCCAAAAAUAUGUACAAUGAACCGGAAUUUUCGCCGCGCAAGCUGGUUCGUGAUUCCGAAACAUGUACAGGUCGUAUACUGUUCACGAGCUUUUCUGUGGCUAGACCGACCAUUGAAAAAAAAAACUAGCAAUGCCGUAGUAUCAGGAAUCCAUUUGACAUUUGGUUAUUUCUCCAGACGGCCACCUCUUUUAGUGGAGUUCGAAGUCUGAUUACUGGUAAAUCCCUCCCCGAUCCCUCCUGAUGGCGCACUCUUCUUCGUUGACGGACUCUAAAAUUGAAAUUCUUGCAGCUAUUGCCCUUGCCUAUAGCACCACCUCGUUCAAUUACUGGGAGCUGGAAAACAUCGAUCUCGUCCUCCGGGUGGUGGAUUUAGCUGGUGAAAAGCUUCUUUCAUUGACAUUCUCUCUCUCGUACACUGUUGAGCAGCUGUAUAAGCUAUUGCAUAGUUCAUGGAAUCAUCCGAGCACAGAAGAGUUGACACCUGCGGGAAUAAUCUUCCUAGGAACUUCGGAUUUUCCGCCUGACUUGGAUCUCCCAAACUUUCCAGACGUCAAGUUUGCUGUGUCUUUGGAUAAUAUUUCCGGAAAAAUCGAGCUACAUCCCACCUCUGAGUCUCGUUUUAUCCUCCCUCGCUUCCACUCUCUACUAUCCUUGCUCCACGACGCCACACCUCUCGAAACGGUUUUGUAUGAACUCACUUCGGUCACGGAACAUGAAGAAAAGCUACUCUUGCAGUGGGGUGUGGCCACUCCAGAGCAACAGUCUUCUGAGCAUGAGUACUCCGCAGUGAUUCAUCACUACAUUGAAAAAGUUGCUCGCGAGACUCCUGAGGCUGUAGCUUUGCAGUUCGAGAACCAUACUUUUGUGCGUUAUGGGGAACUCGAUCAACAGGCAGAUAAUUUGGCGCGAUAUCUUGUUCACGAGCUUGGUGUCCAUCCUGGAGACCUCGUUCUAGAGUUCUUCGAUCGAUCCGUAGAGAUGAUUAUUGCUCAGCUUGCAAUAUUAAAAGCUGGUGCCGCUUAUGUUCCUCUCGACAUUGUUCAUCCCGUUCAACGGAGUCGAACGAUCCAGGAGAUUACAAAUGCCAAAGUCUGCCUGACCACUGAAACUCUCCGAGAAUCUGUUUGUGAUCGUCUUCGGACUGUGAAUGUUGUUGGCGUGGAUACAUUCCUUUCAUCAAUACCCUCAAAAGCGUCAUGGCCUCCAAUUUCCCACUCGUCCGACGGAGAAGACCUCUGCUAUGUUAUGUUCACUUCUGGAACAACCGGCACUCCCAAAGGCGUCAUGGUCCAGCAUUCCGCGGUAGUUGCCUCUGUGAUCAACGGACCCGCUUAUAACCAGACACUGCGCCAACUAGGUCCUAAUCUUCGGACACUCAUGCUUUCGAAUUAUGCCUUUGAUUAUUCGACUUGGGAUGUAUUCCUCACGUUGACUUCAGGGGGCUGUUUGUGCAUUGCUCCUAAAGACACAAUGCUAGUUGACCUCACUGGCAUGGUCAAUUCUAUGAACGUUACAUUCCUGGAAACCACCCCUACUCUUCUUUCACUCCUAGAGCUUGAUGAAUGUCCCUCUCUUCGAUUUGUAUAUUCCAGUGGUGAAGCACUCUCACCUACCAUUCACCGCAAGUUUCUUGCUCGCAAAUUGGCUCAGAAAGGAAAAGGUGAAUCAGAAUUACUUUUUGCAAAUGGAGGAGCUCCUACCGAAACAACUGUGAUGUCUGUUUUUGGGCCCAUGAACAUUGGUGAUGACUCUGAGCAACCUGUCUAUGGUCGCCCAUUCGGAGGGAACAGGCUCUACAUAUUAGACUCUCGUGGCCGGCUUUGCCCUCCCGGAACAGUAGGCCAACUGUGGAUAGGCGGUCCGCAAGUCACGAAAGGGUAUCUCGGACGUGAUGAUCUUACAGCAAAGGUUUACCGUCCGGACCCCUACGCGGGUAGCGGUAGAAUGUACAACAGUGGAGAUCUCUGUUCGUGGCGUUCAGAUGGGCAUUUGAGACACCAUGGCCGGUCGGAUACCCAAGUGAAGAUUCGUGGUCAGCGUGUGGAGGUUAACGAAGUGGAAACUACAAUAUUGAAGGUUUUACCUGUGAAAGCAGUAUGCGUGAUAAAACAUGCCUAUCAGAGUCGAGAAGAGUUGCUUGCAUUUGUGGUAUCCAAUCAAGGAAUUGUUCUAAAGAAUCCCCAACAGAUGCUAUCGUCUCACCUUCCAACUUAUAUGGUUCCCUCUAGAUUCAUUUCGACUUCCGAGCUGCCGGUUACAUCGAAUGGGAAAACCGACCAAAAGAGGUUGUUACGCUUGGCUGACGAUUUGGCAAGUCAACGACAAAUCUCUGAAGCUUCCUCUGACUCCAGUCGACGGCCAACGUCCUCGGCUCAGGGUAUCCUCUUGAAGGCGUGGUCGACCUCUCUGUCCUUGGCACCGGAAGAUAUACACAAUUCUAGCGACUUUUUCACCAUCGGAGGUGAUUCUAUUGCUGCCAUUCGGGUUGCUGCCAGCUGUCGAGCUGCAGGUUAUUUGCUCAAUGUGGUAGAUUUCCAAGCACAUUCUAGAUUCUCCGCGCAAACGGAACUCCUUGAAAAUCGACCUUUUGUAGGGAACAGACCGGCUUUGCAACAAUAUACGCCUUUUGAAUUGCUUGAAACAGGCAUCCGAGACGUAAUACUAUCCGAGAUAACAGAACAUGGAUACCAGUAUUCAGACAUCGAGGAUGCAUACCCGUCAAUCAGCUCCGUGGCAGGCCUGGUAUCUUUGGCAGUCGCAGAUCCAAUGAGCUAUAUGGCGCAGUACAGCUUCAAGAACUUCCAUAAGUUCGACCCCAUCCGUAUGAAUACUGCCUGGAAACUGGUCGUUAGUCGUCACCAGAGUCUUCGAACGACUUUUGUCAUAGCAUCAGAGUUGGAGAGCAGCAUAAUUCAGGUCAUUCUCAAAGCUAGCCAAUUCAACCUGCCCUGGAAUUACAAGGCGUUUGAAAAUGAUGCCGAUAUGGACAAAGCUGCUCAGGACUAUAUCUUGCAAUCAGAAGGGUUUCGUCUGGGAAAAGUCCCAACAACGGUGGCUCUGUUCGAGGGUGAUAACUCUAGUACUCUUGUCAUUCAGCUGCACCAUACGCAAUUCGAUGGCUGGUGCCUUCCUAUAAUCCUUGAACACCUCCAAGAAGCAUAUGCAGCCACCACAGUCUCUGAAGACUGGAUCAAAGUCUCACCUCCGUUUUCAAACUUUAUUCAAUGGGUCUCCUCCCAGCCUCCGGCCGAUGCCAUCGAUUAUUGGAGGAAAAAACUUGAGAGCGUUGCCGUACCGAAAUGGCCCAAUAAUGCGCCAAAUAUCCUCCUCAAGACGCCGAUGAAGGGUACAACAAAUCACUCGAUUAUAUCAACUUUCAACGACACAGAAAAAUUGUCAACUUUCUGUGCUGAACACGAGAUAACUUUGUCGUCUCUGAUAUCUGCCGCGUUGGCGAUGGUGCUCGGAUUAUAUGAAGACUCAGAUGACGUGCUCUUUGGGGUUGUCACUUCUGGAAGAACUGGCGAUGUUCCAGGCAUUGAAGAUAUCGUCGGUUACUGUGUAUCCACAGUGCCUUGCCGCGUUCACAUUCCGACAGACGUGUCGCUCGAGGCCAUCGUGGAGGCAGUCCAUGACGAUCUUCUUGGCUCCACUCCCUACCAAUUUCUUGGGUUGAACGAUAUCAUCACGACUGCCUUCCCCAUCCCACACGACAUUCUUAGAGUUCUUCUGACCAUCGAGAAUCUUCCCGGUCUCUUUGAAGAGAACAGCGAAUUUCUCGGUCAAAAUCUUCGCGGCUUCGCCAUCGACGUCUCGUACCCAUUCGCUGUCACAGUCUUCCCUUCACCAGAUAAUCGCCAACUCAAAUUCCAUUUCCAAUGGGACUCGGAAUUCCUAUCGAGAGCGGAUGUUGACUGGUUUCAAUCCCAUAUGUACGCCAUCCUCCAUGCUAUUAUCGAUCAUCCCUCUUCCCAACUCCGAAAAUCAGACUUCCUUGCUAACGGGGAAACCGAAAACAUCCUCUCGUUGGGCCGUAGUGUCCCUGACCCUCCUGCCAGUGUUCGUCCAUUCUUUCAUCAGCUAGUGGACGAAAUGGGGCACCAAUAUCCUGAUAAGAUCGCAAUAGAGCGUGAUAACCAUCAAGGCAGGCUCACUUUCAAAGAAUAUGUCGCUCGAGCAAACCAGGUCGCGCAUGCAUUACAAGGCAAAGGCGUACGUCCUGAGUACAUGGUACCAGUUCUAUUCAACCAGAACACAACCAACACCGAUAUCACCAUUGCCUUUCUUGCCAUUCUGAAAGCCGGCGGGGCAUUUGUGCCAUUGAACUCUGCAUGGCCAGAGGACCGUCUUCAAUACUGCAUACAUCAAACAAGAGGUCAGAUUUUGAUCUGCGAGACCGGAUUGGAAGGUAUUGCGACAAAGUUGGCUUCACUAUCAGAAUUACCGUUGCAUGUAUCGCGCAUAGAGGAUUUGGUCCGCGGUCAGCCUUCCUACACACCUGCGACACCGACGUUGCAAAUGGACUCAUUAAGCUGCGCGAUGUUUACGUCUGGUACCAACGGGGAGCCUAAAGGCGUACUGAUAGAGCAUGGUAACAUUAUCUCCUCUAUUUCCAACGCCGCUACACUAUUCCCUCUUAACUGCGCAGAACGAAUGCUUCACUUGAGCCCUUGGACUUUAAACCAAGGUCUGGUGAACUGGUUCUUGUCUUUAACACACGGGAAAACCUUGAUCCUUGCAGACGCACAGAGCGUGGUGACAGACAUUUCGGAGGUGGUCAAUCGAACAAAAGCCGACUACGUUACGCUAACGCCAACACUUGCUCAGAAGCUGCAGCAUGAUAUCCCGUAUCCUCACUUGAAGACCCUCGUGUCCGAGGGCGACAAGCUACCACGUCAAGUCAUCGAGCGUUGGAGAGACAGAUUGGAUUUGAUAGAUGCUUACGGAUCCACAGAAACCACAGCUCACUGUGUGUCAGCAAACCAUAGCAGAGGUAGUCGACUUCAUCCUGGGGUCAUUGGUCGUCCGUUAGGAGCAUCCCAUGUGUAUAUUUUGGACAAAGAUAUGUCUCUAGUCCCAAUGGGAGCGGUAGGCGAACUAUUUAUCGGGGGCACCCAGGUUGCGCGGGGAUAUUUCGAUCUCCCCAACAAAACAGUCGAAGUUUUCCUCCGUGACCCAUUCUCCGACGCAAAUCGUAUUUUCCGAACGGGGGACCUAGCGAGAUGGCAUAGUGAUGGGACCAUCGAGUACCUCAGACGAAUGGAGGACGACUACGUCAAUAUCCGAGGAUUGCGAGUGGAUAUCGAGGAAAUCGAAACUACGUUGAUGUUCAGUGCGUCCUCAAACGAGAUCACAGCGGUGGUGCAACUGGUCGAAGUGGACAGUACAUCACACCUUGCCGUGUUCUUCAGUGAAAAAUUGGGUCAUCCAAAUGCCCACAUAAGAAUCUGCGAAGAUCUUGCCAGCUAUCAAGGACUGGUUCGAGAGCUGCUGCAAACAUGUCAGCGUACACUCCCUACAUACGCAGUUCCCUCGUUCUGGCUUGCUCUUGAUACAAUCCCGCUAGGACACAACAACAAAGUUGAUCAAAAGCGACUGCGGGCGUUCUUCCAAUCACAAUCCCCGAAAAAGGUCCGAGAAUAUACGAAGACGCUCCUCGGUACAUUAUCCGAUCGAGGACCCGAGACGCCGGUCGAGCAACUGUUGCACGAUAUGUGGCUUCCGAUCCUUCUUCGUAGUGAGCCAAUAUCCGUUCAUGACGACUUUUUCACCCUUGGAGGCGACUCAAUCCACUGCAUCCGGUUCCUGGCUGCCCUCAAGAGAAGAGGGUGCGAGGUGACUGUGAACGAGUUCUAUAAAGCGAGGACAAUCGCCCAGCUUGCGGAUAUCGUGUACGGGCGUCUUCCGGCGAAUGCGAACUUAUCAAUUCAGAAUGUAGAGUCUCCGCUAACCAAUGGUCUGGUCGUCCAAAUUCGGAGUGCAUCUUCGAAACAAGACAAGACGAACAGUCCGAUCUGGUUUGUCCAUGACGGAAAAGGCCUGAUUGGUCCACAAUACGGCGAAUUGGGGAGUCUUGAUCGCGAGGUAUAUGGAAUCUCAAAUCCGGCUACUACGAAGGCAGAGCUAGAAGCUGCUUAUCCAUCCUGGGAGAGCUUUGUCCAAAGUUACGAGCCACUUCUCCCAUUGCGCAGCGUCUUCAUCGGAGGUUGGAGCUCAGGGGGUAAUAUCGCUCUUCUACUUGCUGCUGAGCAUGUACGCAAAAGUCGACCAGUGAAAGGCGUGAUUCUGUUGGACAGUUACACAGGUGAUGGAUUCAUACCCACAAAGAAGCACAAGACGGAUUACCCGGAUGAUCCCGCGAAGGCUCGAGCAUACACACAGAUGAAUCAUAUCGAGAAACUUCUGGUUGCCUACCCGGAGCCAGAGUCAAGCGAGCUGGAGGGAAUACCAGUUUUGCUUAUCCGAGCAGGAUCAGAUCCGAUGGGUAAAGUGACUAGGGAUCAUCCAAAUCAAACGAAAGAGAAAUUGGAGAAGAAUCUAUGGUCAAAGGUCAAGAUGGAGAUCAAGGAAGUGAAGGAGGCAAAUCACAAGUCGUUAAUGGCAGAAGAAGAAUUCCGCCAGAGGGUGGCUAAGAUCGUACGUAGUUGGUGUAGAGAACUGGAGCAGACUGGAUGAUGUGGCAUGAGACCGUAAACUUGGAAAAGUAAGAAGAGUUCGACGCACCCGUAAUUUAGAAACUGUUUUUUCACGUAUUAUUCGCCCCAUAGUGUUGUCUUUUUGUAUUGGGUGAAUUUGGCUCCAUGGUAUACCGCAACAAGCCACCAGGUC